CAACAAAUGGAUUAUGAAUUCAUGGAAUAUGGACUUAUUUUAAUUUGUACAUUUAUUCAUUCUUUGCAUAUUUAUUAAAAUCACUAUUCGGUAAGCCAAUCAAAAAAAAAAAGUGUGUAAGUUACAUACUGUGAUAAAUAUUGUUUGAUAUAUAUUUAAAUUAGAUGUAAUACUGUAAUAUGGCAUAACCUUUACAUGAAUCUAGUUAUUCUGAGGUUGAAGGUGGGCGUUUGAAGGGGUGAGCUUGGAAAUAGUAUGUCUGUUCCACAAGAAUGGUAUGAAAACUCUGAAUGCGGCCAAAAAUGCCGCAGUCCAGAAUGUGUUGCAGAUCUCAACUGCAUUAUUACUAAAGGAAAUGCAUUGCAAAUUAAAGAAUAUAUUCGAACUUCUUGUCCGACAGCUACCAUACGUUGUGAUACUUUGGGACGAAGUGCUAUCCACUUAGCUGCAUCAUGUGGCAAAAUAGAAGUAUUGGAUUGGCUCAUUGCAACUUUUAAUUGUAACUUAAAUGUCCAGGACAGAGAAAGUGGAUGGACACCACUACAUAGAGCUGUGUAUUACGGGAGACUUGGUUGUGUAAUUUUGCUCAUUGAACAUGGUGCAAAUAUGUGGGUAAGGGACAAGGAAGGAAUGACACCUAUGGACAUUGCCAUGCUCGAUUGUUCACCUUGGGUAAGGUAUCUUAGAUUUUCAACAAACAUAUAAGAUGCCUGUGUUCUUAAUAACUCAGAUACAUCUGAAGUCUAUACAUGGGGUAUAAAUGACAAUUUUGUUCUAGGGCAAAGAAAUCUAAAGGAGUGCAAGUUACCAGAACCUGUGGAUUUCUUUGUCAAAAGGCAUAUCAAUAUUAAAGUUGCUACGGCUAAAUUCCAUACUAUUUUCGUUACCACAUCUGGGUCUGUUUACUCGUGUGGACAUGGGGAAGGUGGAAGGCUAGGAAAUGGUAAUCAGGAGGCUUGUCUUGAACCAGCACAAGUUUCUCUUAGCAUAGGUGUGUGUGUAUUAUCAGCAGCAGUUGGUUUGAAUCACACUGUACUCACUACAGAUUCUGGUCAUCUAUUAGUUUGUGGCUUGAAUAAGCAUCACAUUCUUGGUGUGUCUUCAUCAUCAGAUCGUGAGUUAGUUCCUGUUAGAGUUCACGGAGCUUUGAAAACUCUACGUGUAAUUGGAUGUGCUGCAGGUGUAUUGCAUACUGUUGUUUGGACUGACAAGGGUCGCUUAUACACUUUUGGUGCGAAUGCUGGUCAGUUAGGUCAUGCUAAAAACGACCUUUACGUAAAACAACCUCGGCAAGUAUCAGGAGUUUAUAAAGAAGGGGAUGGUAUUAUUUGUGUUCAUGCAUGUGAUUCUGCUACUAUAGUUUCUACACGACAAGGCACUGUGUACUUGUUACAAAAUUACGUUUGUCGGAAAAUAGUAUCGAAACAAUUGGAUAUUGUAAAAGUUCAAAUAGGUGGAGGAAGAUUGGAUGUUUCGGCUCUUUCUCAAAUUGAUCAACGACUUCACUCUGUUCACAAUUUGUUGAAAGAUGACAGUUUACAUGUCAUAAUGAGCAAAAAAUCUGGUGAUAUAUUGUCAUGGAGUAAGGCUCAUGGAACACUCGACAGAUGUAAAUUCAACCUGCCGCAAUCAUUUCUUUUCAAAGACAUAGCCAUUUGCAAUCAUGGACAUACUGCCUUGUUAGUCACAAAUACAGGACAAGCUUUUGUUGCAAAGUAUGGAAACUGGAAAGCUCCCAAACCUCCAAGAAAAAAUCAAUCAGCGGUAAAUACAAAGGCAUAUGAUAGCUGCUUGGAUAUGUUGGAUGCUGAUUCUGUACAAGAAUUUUCGUUAGAUCAGGUAUGUUGUGUUUUUCGUGCACAUUCUGGUUACAUCGGACCCAAAGCAAAAGCAGGAGCCAUAUUGCAAAGUGAACCACGUAUCUUUUCCACUGAUGUUCCUACGGUUGGCGAUAGUGAACUGCAAGAAAAUAUUCAGAAAUUAUGGGAAGAUGUCACUGAAAAUGAUAAUGUCCAUGACAUGGUUGUAGCCGCUGUUGAUAGCAAAGGGAAUAGACUAUUAUCAAUACCUUGCCACAAAUUCAUUCUUGCCUCGCGUUCUCAGUUUCUGAGAAAAAUUAUCACACACCAGACGCGAAAAAGUACCAGCGAAAAUGAGGAUGAAAUCACAUCGGAGGAUGUAGAACAGAAUGGUGUCUUUAUGAAUGAAAAUUACACAGUUAACAUUGAUCAUCUUCUUUUUGAAAAUUGUGAUCCUUAUGUGUUAAGAAAUCUAUUGAGUUCAUAUAUUGUGAGUCUUGCGAAUUGUUACGCCCAAAAAAUACUGUUCCAGCUGCUGCUAAAAAUAUUAAUUCAACAGAAACCAGAAUUUAUUGGGAAAGUGACAAAAUCACAAACUUCUCUUCGGCAAGAAAUGGAAUUGAUUUGUCAGAAAAUUCAAGUUACAAAUGGUAGUAUUUCUGCUUUUGCAGUCUAUCAAGAAUCGGAUAAACAUACAAAAAAAUCAAAAUCAGAAAAAUCUUCCAAGCACAAUUCAACAUCCAAUCUUCUUUCACAGUUUAAAACUCUGGCAAAGAAACUUGGUAUAAAUAGAUCUUUCUUCGAUUCUAUAACUCUUCACGAUGGCGUAAUUCAGAAGAAGGGCACGAGUAGCUUUAAAGCUAACUUCCCUUCAUUCGACUGCCACAAACUUCACAGUCUUUGUGAUAUUGAAUUAGAAUGUUCUGAUGGAGUUAUUUUAAAGGCCCACAAAUGUAUUUUGGUAGCUAGAAUAGAGUUUUUUAGAAGCAUGCUAUUAUCACAAUGGGCGGAAAGUAAAGGUGUGAUCACAAAGGUGCCGAUUCCGUCAGAUAUUUUCAAAUAUGUGCUGGAGUUCUCCUACACUGAUUCCACUUUUGUAUUGAACCACUUUCUGUCACCAGAAACACUGUGUGAAGUAAUGGCGGCUGAUCAACUACUGAUGAAUAGGUUGAAGGACAUAGCAGAAGUUCAGGUUGCUUCACUAUUAACUUUGAAGAAUGUAUCUUCGAUAAUAGAAUUUGCGUCUGCGUUCCACUGUCCACAGCUAAUAAAAACAUGUAGACAAUUUAUAAUCCAUCAUCUACCAGCACUCAUGCAUACACCGAAUUUUUAUUCAAUAGAAUAUUCGACGUUGGAAGAGAUGGAAGAUUCAUACAGAUCAGCUAUCAGUGCUGUAUAUUUACGAGGUAUGCCACCUAGUACUGAGGGUCCACCACUUCCCGAUGUACCAGAGAAUUUGGAAUCCAGCUCUCUCUUUCCAAUUUUUGAGCCUUUAUCUCCAACUGAUAAAUCUUCAGUCUGGCCUAGUGAAGGGCCGCCUUCACCCCAAAAGAAAAAGUCAUUUGGGCAAAGACGAAGUAGUAAAAGCAGGAAAAAAUCAUUCUCAAAAUCUUCAACUGGGGGCAUUGUUCUGUCUGAUCUUUUGUCUAGGAAUGAUAAAGAUAUUGACAGUUUCGUUGACAGAAUUGCAUCUUCAAAGAAUAAAGCUUCACUUAAUGAAAACACACAACUGGAUUCUCAUACGUCUGUGUCUCCACCCAAUAAUAAUGCUUCAACUCAUAUUGAUUUCAACGAUAAUAUUGAUAAAAAAUUAGCUGCUGUCAAGAUCAAACCGAUACAAAAAGGUUUUGUGCCAGUCUCAAGUCCACAAAAUAUAAACAAAUCUAAUUUUCAAGACAUGGAUACUCAGAAAUCUCAAUUUCCCAGUCUAUCUUCGAAUUUAUCACAACCAAAUCAUCCUGCUCCAUCAUCACAUAUAACUCAAAAUAACCCAUGGGGCUCUAUGGCUGGUAUUGCUGCAGAAACCAAAACUUAUCCUGUUGCUAUUCCUAUUAAAAAUAGUAGUAGUGUAAACCAUGGCGGAUCUGGUGCUGCUAUUACAAUGAAACCAAAAAAGUUGUCUCAAAAACAAAGGAAAAAGUUAGAAAAAGAAACUGCUAAAUUAGAAGUGGAGCGUGUUACUAUCCCUGCUGCUACCUCGCCUCCUAUUAAUGCUUGGGGUACAGUAGCUAGUCCACCUAGAACAGACUCCAGGUCUUUCUGGGAUGUCAUGAAAGAACAAUCAACUUCACCCAGCCUUAUUGUGCAACGUCCAAGAGUUGUAUCACCAGAUAAAAUGACAAAAUCAGAAAUAGAUAGUCCAUGGCAAAUGGCGCCUAAAACUUUACAAAAGGAUACAUCAAAAGACUCUGCAAUCCGACCAAAUUCUUCGUUUAGAGACAUAAUGCAAAGCACCAUGAAUCAGGCUGAGGAGAGUUUAAAAAGAAUGAAUAAACCAUUGCAUGAUAUUCAGCUGGAAGAUCAAGCGAUGGCAGAACUGAAAGUGCAUUACCAAAACACAAUUCCACACAUUGACGAACAAUUUUUCACUGUUGAAAGGAUCUCAGCAAAGUACACUUAAAUGACUGACAUGAAUUGAAGAGCAACCCAUGUGAAAUAACAUUUGAUGCUGAGGAUUUGCCUUAGUACAGUUUGUAUUGCAAAAUUGAUAUUUUUGUGCCUUAGUUUUCUUUGUGCAAUAUGAUACUUGAUUGCUAUUAUUAUUUUUUGAAGUUUCAAAAUAUCAUUUUUUAUGGAUUACAACCAACCAUAGAUAUCAUGUAUGAACAGAAGAAGUAUUUGGUACAUAAAUAUUUUUGUCAUUAAAUUUGAGAAGCUAUGUUGAUAGAGAUAGGUUUGUAUAUUCUGAAUUUUAUAUUCCAAUCACAUCUGAAGAAAGGUAUUUUACGAUUCUUUGCCAAAUAAAAUAAUAUAUUAUAAUAAAACACACUCGACUCGGGUCUUCAGAGCGCAGAUCAGUAUCUGGUUUCAAUUCUCAUAUAUGUCUUAAAACGUAAGGAACUUCCUAUUUUUUCUUCUCUGUACUAAAUGAGCAUUUGUGAAGCAUUAUUCUAUAUUAAAGGUUGGUGCUGGUGUAGUUUUAGGCAUAAUAGUUUCAAUGUUAUUUACUUUUUUGUAAAGUAUUACAUACAGAGUAUGAAUAUUUUCAGGCGCCUUGAAAAGUCUGUUUUACAGUAUACUCAAAGCAAGGUCGCACAUUUUACAACCAGUUCAAGCUAAUCGAGAAAAUUAUAUUUAUGAAAAAAAUGAAUGAUAUGUUUGUCAUCAUACACUAAAGAUAAAGACCUAAUCAGGGAAGAGACCACUUUUUUCCAUUAUUUUUAACACCAAAUGUACCAGUAUUGCUGGUGUCAUAGCUUAUGGUUACUUCUACAUCGAUAGUAUUACCAAUAGUAUUGAAGUGAACCAUACUAUAUCUUCAUCAUAUUGUAGUCAAAGUGAAAAUAAAUUGUUGUUGAAGUUCCAAAAUAAAAUUUAACACGAGUUGAAUUGCUUUACAUUCCUGCUUUUUGUAUUGUGAUUGGGCUAAAUCUAUGCUUUCUACCAGAUAGUAGUUUGUUAUUUAAAAUCACCAUCACACAUGCAUAUUACAAGUCAAGAUUUUUUUUCAAGUUGUCUAUCAAUUAUGACAGCAUAUUUUUUAUGGUUCAAUGACUAGUUUACUGUUUUGAUGCCGCCACAUACUUGUUGUUGCAAUUACUUUUUUUUACCUAUAUAAGUAUUUUGGGCUUGCUUGUCUUGAUCUACCCUAGCAAGUGAUAUGAUGGAAAACAUUUCAGAUAUAUUAUCAGUUUAACACAUCAGGUUUCGUUUCAAUUCUGUCUUCUGAAUUACCUUGUACUGCUUGCUUAAUAGCAUCUGUGCUUUAUUUAUUAUAG